AUGACUUCCAGUAAAGAACUUUCAGGAGCUGUGAAUUUCCUCUUGAAACCACUUUCCCCAGGACUCCCUCCCUUUAUUUUUGUGGAAGAAUGUGUCCCUGUCAUUGAAAAGCUUACAGAAGUUAACAUAUUGGGUUCUGAAGAUUUUAACUUAGGGUCUUCCUCUAGUAGCCAGUAUACAUUCUGUCAGCCAGAUACUGUAUUUCCAUCCCGGCCUAGUGAUGAUGAGUCAAGUAGUGAUGAAACAAGUCAUCAGCCCAGCCCCACACUGAGAAGACGACGUGCUCGAAAGAAGACAAUUUCUUGUUCAGAAUCUGAGGAUAGACCACCUAUUGAACAUGAAUCUGAUUCUCCCAAGGAAAAGGUGCACCAGCGCCACUUCAAUAGUAGCCUCAACAAGUGUAUUAUACUAGCUUUGGUGAUUGCAGUCAGCAUGGGAUUUGGACAUUUCUAUGGUACCAUUCAGAUUCAAAAACGCCAGGAACUAGUCAGAAAGAUACAUGUUGAUGAAUUGAAUGGUAUGAAGGAUUAUCUUUACCAAUGUCAGCAAGAACAAGGGGCUUCUGGUGAUAAGUCACUGAGAGAAAAUCUUGCAACAUGUUUGAGGCUUACGGAGGUGGAGAAGAUAGCCUUUGAAACGCAGAAAAAAACCCUAGCUACAGAAAACCAUCAUUUAAGAGUGUCUCUGGAGAAGGAAGAAAAAGCGUUGUCCUCCUUACAGGAAGAGUUAAGGAAAUUAAGAGAACAGAUUCGAAAUUUGGAAGAUAAAGAAACAAGUACUGAAUCGAUAGUUUCUGAAAAUCAAAAACUUAAACAGCAUUUAGAAGAAGAAAAGCAAAAAUCUCAUAGCUUUCUCAGUCAGAAGGAGACCCUCUUGGCAGAAGCACAGAUGCUAAGGAAAGAACUAGAAAAAGAACGACAAACAACCAUUGCCUUAAGGGAGGAACUGGAUCUUUUAAGCAGUAAGCAGUCAUCUGGUGAUAUAGACUCUCCCAAUAUACUGACUGAAAAUAAGGAAAUAGAAACUUUACGAGCAAGACUAACAGAACUGGAAUGGAAGCUAAACUUUGAACAACAACGAUCUGAUUUGUGGGAAAGAUUAUAUGUUGAAGCAAAAGAUCAAAGUGGAAGACAAGAAAACAAUGAAAAAAAUAAAGGUAGCAAGGGAACUAAUAAGGCUAGGAAGUCUAAAGAUACCUUGUUUGGUUCAGUUAAGGAAACUUUUGAUGCCAUGAAGAAUUCAACAAAAGAAUUUGUAAGGCACCAUAAAGAAAAAAUUAAACAGGCUAAAGAAGCUGUUAAGGAAAACUUGAAAAAAUUUUCAGAUUCUGUUAAGUCUACCUUCAGUCAUUUCAAAGAUACCACCAAGACUGUCUUUGAUGAAAAGGGGAAUAAAAAAUUUGGAGAUAAAAGAGAUGAAGUAACUAAAAAAGCAAAAACUGUUUAUCGUGAAUAUUUGCAUCCCCAACCUAGACCACCUUCUAAAAAUACACAUCAUAAAAGUCCCAGCAUGGCAAGAUCAGGAAGAAAACAAAAGUCAGUUCAGUUUGAAACAUUUGAGAACACAAAUUCACAGAAAUGCAGCACGAUUCAAGACUCAGUAAGAAAUUACCACUUUUUAAAAAACCCUUCUGAUUUUAUUGAAUGUGGUCAUCAGGAAAAGCAACCAGUUCAGUUUGAAACAUUUGGUAAAAACACAAACUCCCAGAAAUGCUCAACUGACAAAGACUGUGUGAAAAGUUCUCACCGACUAACAAAAGGCUGUUUUGGUGUUUUUGAAUGUGCUCAUCAGGAAUCUGUUAGCCUUUUCAACAGAGUAUUAGACCCCGUAAGAAUAGAUGAAUUUAAUCAAUUAAUGCAAAGAUAUGUGCAGGAAGAAGUAAAUGACUUCCAUCAUUGGGGAGAACUUCAGCAAUUCAUCAAUAAGUUUUUCCAUAACAGUGUCUUUAUUCAUGAUCAGAUGUUGUUCACUGACUUUGUUAAUGAUGUUAAAGAUUAUCUUGAAGACAUGAAGGAAUAUCAAGUAGAUAAUCAUGGAGUGUUUGAGGAUUUGGAUGACUAUAUAUAUAGACAUUUCUUUGGUGACACAUUUUCCCCUCAGUAUGGACCCAGUCGCCCUGAUAAAAAGCAUCGUAUGGUUAAUAUUGAAAACUCCAGGCAUCGAAAACAAGAGCAGAAGUACCCUCAGCCACAGCAUUAUAAGAGGGAAGGUAAAUGGCAUAAACAUGGUCGAAGUAAUGGAAGACACACGGCAAAUCUUGAAAUAGAAUUGGGGCAGUUACCUUUUGACCCAAAAUAUUGAACAUGAUUAAGUAAAUUAGAUAACUUUAAGGGAA